GCACAAUGACCCGGAAGUGAUCCAACGCCACUCACAUGUGGACGGGCACUUUAACACUGACGGGAACGUGCUCGGUGAUGUUGUUGUCAUCCAUCCCGGACAAUCCGGCGAUGAGUUUCUGAUUCGCGGUUACACGGAAUUUAUAAAGCGUUAAAAAAAAAAAACAAAAAAAAUCAAAACUAAACUGUGCACGUGUUCCAGAGACGUGUUCGCGGCUGCACCCUGUGCACGCGCGGCUAAAUGACGGCAUGGAGACUCUGGAGCUGAGCCUGGCAUCCCUGGCCACGAUUUCCAGACACGUCGAAAAAAGUCACGGCGAGCUCAGCAAGUAUUUAACGAAGCAGAUAUGGAGCCAGCAGGACAGACAAGCCAUCCUGUGCUGUUUGACUCAGCUCCUGAUAGAGAAGGAGUACACGCUCCUGAUCGCUCGGCACCUGCGGCCGCUCGUGCUCGACCUGCUAGAGAGGAACGCCGAGCGAAUCAAGAAGGACGUUCGCCUCAACCACGACCUCCACGAGAGACUGUGUGUGGCGCUCAGCAAGCUCCUCAGUGUCAGCCCCGAUGCUCAGGCGUUUGCGGCGAGGUACUUCACCAGCGCGCCGCCCGUCUUUCAGAGACUCUUCUUCACCAGCGAAGAGGCCGCCUCUAUCCACUACGGCCCCAGGCGCAUGAAGCUGCGUGACCUGAUGGGGGCCACCCUCCGCUUCCUGCAGAGCGACUGCGAGAAGUUCCGCGUGCUGUGGGACUGGAGCGCCUGCAUCUCGCAGCUGCUCACGAGUGACGUCAUGGUCCGAGGUUACACAGCGCAGUGCCUUGCUUUGGUGUCCCACAUGACCGACAACCAGAAAACAAUCUUCCUGAGGAAGGUUCUGUCCAGUGACGAGAUUCUGCAUCUAAAAAUGAAGUCGCUAGAGGAAACUCAGCAGCUGGAGGUUGAGAGAGCUCUGGUUUUAGCCAAUCAGGGCUCUGUGAUGUGGCAGUUGGAAAAAGGAAAUAAGCUCACCAAGGGGCAGAUGGGGUCAGGAGACCUGUCGCAGGGCAUCACCGCUGUGUGCGGUGUGAUCUUGGCCAGACUGACGCCUCGACAGGAAGAGCAGACGUCUUUGAAAACCCUGGUGCUGGUGGAUUCGACGUGUCGAAACCUCCGGCGGCUCGCCAUGGCCGUCGCGUCCCAGAGGCCCGUUCUUCUGGAAGGACCUAUCGGAUGUGGGAAAACGGCUCUGGUCGAAUAUCUAGCAGCCGCUACGGGCCACGUCAAAUCCCCCAACAUCCUCAAGGUUCAGCUGGGAGAUCAGACAGACAGCAAAAUGUUGCUUGGGAUGUACAGAUGCACAGACAUCCCUGGCAAGUUUGUGUGGCAGCCCGGAUCCCUGACUCAGGCCGUAUCCAAGGGUUACUGGAUCCUCCUGGAGGAUAUCGAUCACGCACCGUUGGAUGUGAUAUCCGUGCUGCUGCCGCUGAUGGAGAACAAGAAGCUGACCAUUCCAGGCCGGGAGGACUGCAUUCAGGUCGCUCCAGGCUUCCAGUUCUUCGCUACGAGACGGAUCUUCUACAGCGGUGGAGUGUGGCACCGGCCCCAGAGCACCCACGCUGCUCUACUAGACAAGUACUGGAACAAGCUGCAGAUUGGGAAUAUGACCAGAGAGGAACUCAAACAGGUCGUGCUAGAUAAGUUCCCUAACUUGGCUGUGGUGGUGGAUCGAUUACUGGACAUUUAUUGUCAGCUGACCGGCGACAAACACCACGUCGCUGUCGCCGCUCCUGGCCCACAGAACCCAAGUGAGGACCGACCCACCAUGCUGGAAGGCCGAGGACUCUCUCUGAGGGAUUUGCUGAAGUGGUGUGAGAGAAUAUACGUGAACUUCGACAGCUCGUCCUCGAACACGGCGCAGAACGUCUUCCUGGAGGCCCUCGACUGCUUCACCGCCAUGCAGUCCAAAGCAGAGAGCCGCCUGAAGUUGGCCGAGGUCAUCGGCAGCAAGCUGAACAUCUCCAAAGAGAAGGCUCAGCACUUCUGUCAGAUGUACCAGCCUGCCAUCAGUAUCACGGAGCUGGAGGUGACGGUAGGACGCGCCAUGCUGCUGCGGAAGCAGAGCGACGCCGUGCGCCUCGACGUAGAUAAGCAAACGUUCGCGGCCACACGUCCCUCCUCCGUGCUUCUGGAGCAGCUGGCCGUGUGCGUCACGAAAGGCGAGCCCGUGUUGUUGGUUGGCGAGACGGGCACAGGGAAGACCUCCACCGUGCAGUAUUUAGCUGGAUUAACAGGACACAAGCUGCGUGUGAUCAACAUGAACCAGCAGAGCGACACCGCUGAUCUCCUGGGAGGGUACAAACCCGUGGAUCAUAAGCUCAUCCUGUUGCCCCUGCGCGAGGCGUUUGAGGAUCUGUUCUCUCAGACGUACUCCCGCAAGCAGAACAUAACCUUCCUGGGUCACGUGCAGACCUGCUUCCGAGGGAAACGCUGGCAGGACCUGCUCAAGCUCAUGGACCACGUGUGCAAGUCGGCCCUCACCAAGGAGCUGCAGGACAAGCCUAAUGCUGCGUUGCUGCAGCAGCAGUGGGAGGCACUCGCUCUGAGACUCAGCCAGACGCAGGAGCAGAUCCGAGCUCGGGAAUCGGCACUGGUGUUUGCCUUCGUCGAGGGUACCCUGGCGCAGGCAGUCAAGAAGGGAGAGUGGAUCCUGCUCGAUGAGAUCAACCUGGCCGCAGCCGAAACCCUAGAGUGUCUGAGCGGGCUGCUAGAGGGCAGCGCCGGGUCUCUGGUGCUGCUCGACCGAGGAGAUACAGAACCCCUGGUGCGCCACUCCGACUUCCGCCUGUUCGCCUGCAUGAACCCGGCCACCGACGUAGGCAAGAGGAACCUGCCCCUGGGAAUCCGCAACAGGUUUACCGAGCUGUACGUAGAAGAGCUGGAGAGCGAGGGCGAUCUACGCGUCCUGGUCUCGGAUUACCUCAAAGGCCUUAACUUGAACAGAAGUACCAUCCAUGGAAUCAUCAGUUUUUAUUUGGCCAUUCGCAAGGAGGCGAGCUCGCGCUUGGUGGACGGCACUGGCCACAAGCCUCACUACAGUUUACGCACACUGUGCCGUGCUCUCAAGUACGUCGCCACUAACCCCUGCUACAACGUCCAACGGUCUCUCUUCGAGGGUUUUUGCUUAAGCUUUCUAACACAGCUGGACCGUAGUUCCCAUCCCGUCGUGGAGAAAUUAGUGCACCAGUACAUUCUGGGAGGAAACAUCAAGUGUCUUAAACAGCCAAUCCCGGAGCCCCGCUCCCGUGGCUGUCUGCAGAUCGAGGGCUACUGGUUGUGUCAGGGUGACAUGGACCCAGCACUGGACCCGAGCUACAUCCUCACUCCUUCUGUGCGCCUCAACCUCCGAGACCUGGCCCGCGUUGUGGCUGCCGGCAUCCACCCAGUGCUGAUCCAGGGUGAGACGUCGGUAGGGAAAACCAGCCUGGUCCGGUGGCUAGCGGCUGCCACGGGGAACCAGUGCGUGAGGAUCAACAACCACGAGCACACAGACAUCCAGGAGUACAUCGGCUGCUACUCAUCCGACGAGCACGGGAAGCUCGUCUUCAAAGAAGGCGUCCUGAUCGAUGCCAUGCGGAAGGGCUAUUGGAUCAUCCUGGACGAACUGAACCUCGCCCCCACCGACGUCCUCGAAGCCCUGAACAGGCUGCUAGAUGACAACAGGGAACUCUUCGUCGCCGAGACACAGGAAGUAGUGAAGGCACAUCCGAGAUUCAUGCUCUUUGCUACCCAGAAUCCCCCAGGUCUCUACGGUGGCAGAAAGGUCUUGUCGAGGGCGUUCAGGAAUCGCUUUGUGGAGCUGCAUUUUGACGAGUUACCCAGCGAAGAGCUGGAGACCAUCCUUCACCAGCGCUGCAGCCUUCCUCCAUCUUACUGCACCAAACUGGUCAAAGUCAUGCAGAACCUUCAGUCUUUGCGGCGUGGAUCCAGCGUGUUCGCCGGGAAGCACGGUUACAUCACCCUCAGAGAUUUGUUCCGAUGGGCCGAGCGCUAUAGACUGGAAGAGCAGACCGACUCGUCACGUGACUGGCUGCAACAUCUAGCCGACGACGGGUACAUGCUGCUGGCGGGCCGGGUCCGUAAGCCAGAGGAGGCUUUAACCAUCCAGAACGUUCUGGAAAAGCACUUUAAGAGGACGGUAAACCCAGAUGCACUGUUCUCUGAGGAUCAGGUCAACACCCAGUUCAGUCCGUUUGUGGCCAGCCUUGCUGGCAUGCCUGAGGAGUUUGGUCAUGUGGUUUGGACCCAAGGCAUGAGGAGGCUUGCCGUGCUGGUGGGUCGUGCGCUCCGUUUUGGAGAGUCCGUCCUGCUGGUGGGCGACACCGGGUGUGGUAAGACCACAAUAUGCCAGCUGUUUGCUGCUCUGGCUGGACUGAAGUUUUUCGCUGUGAAUUGCCACCUGCACAUGGAGACGUCCGACUUCUUGGGCGGUUUACGGCCGGUCCGGCACAUCGGAACGGGCCAGGCGGAUGCUGAAGAUGGCCGUUUGUUUGAAUGGCGCGAUGGACCUCUGGUGCUUGCUAUGAAACAGGAAGGAGUGUUUUUGAUGGAUGAGAUCUCACUGGCUGACGACUCCGUGUUGGAGAGACUCAAUAGCGUAUUGGAGACGGAGAAAUCUCUGGUCCUGGCAGAGAAAGGCAGCAGUGAUGACGACGACGUCGAGCUCAUCAUCGCCGGGAAGAAAUUUCGACUGGUUGCGACUAUGAACCCCGGUGGAGAUUUCGGCAAGAAAGAGCUUUCCCCAGCAUUGAGGAACAGGUUCACUGAGAUCUGGUGUCCUCAGUCUAACAGCCGCGGUGAUCUGAUGAAGAUCGUCCAGCACAACUUGCGAGCAGGGCUUUCUUUAGACCAGCACGACCACCAAGGCAAGGACGUCGCCGAGGUCAUGUUGGACUUCAUAGACUGGCUGACCAAUCAGGAGUUUGGGAGGCGAUGCAUCCUAAGCGUAAGGGACAUCCUGUCUUGGGUGGACUUCCUGAAUGCCGUGUGCGAGAAGGACGAGGAUCGAGAUGAGAGCAGCUUCAUGGGUCUGGAGGAGAUAGAGGAGCCGGAGUGGGACCAGAGGCUGGACACGGUCACUGCCUUCAUCCACGCCGCCUGCCUCGUUUACAUCGACGGCAUCGGAUCAGGGACAACAGUCUCGGCAGCAGAGAACGUCGCGGCGGCGAGGAAGGCGUGUCUGGCUUUUCUGGAGACGAAGCUACGCAGGAUCACUAAGCUAGACGAGAAGAUGCAGGAGGCUCUGAGGGUUUACGACACCAGCCUGGUCAGAGAGCCACGCUGGGGGGACGACUUCUUCGGCAUCGAGCCCUUCUACGUCGUGGCCGAUCCCGAGAGCGAAAGCCGCGGUCUGUUAGACUACGCCCUCGGUGCAGGCACGACAGCGGUGAAUACCAUGAGGAUCUUGCGUGCGCUAAAGCUCCAGAGACCCAUCCUGCUGGAGGGUUCACCCGGAGUGGGCAAGACCAGUCUCGUGGCCGCGCUUGCCAAGGCCUCUGGGAACCAGCUCAUCAGAAUCAACCUCUCUGAGCAGACAGAUGUUACAGACUUGUUUGGAACUGACCUUCCAGUGGAGGGCGGUAAAGGAGGAGAGUUUGCUUGGCGUGACGGUCCUCUCCUUGCUGCUCUAAAGGCCGGACAUUGGAUCGUACUAGAUGAGCUGAACCUGGCCUCUCAGUCGGUGUUGGAGGGUCUGAACGCCUGCUUCGAUCACCGAGCAGAAAUCUACAUCCCGGAACUGAGCAUACGUUUCCAGGUCCGGCAUGAGAAAACCAAGAUCUUUGGCUGCCAGAACCCCUUCACACAAGGAGGCGGUCGCAAAGGCCUGCCCAAGUCCUUCCUCAACAGGUUUACUCAGGUGUACGUGGACCAGCUCAGCAGUGAAGAUAUGCAGUUCAUUGGUAACUCCAUCUUUCCAAACAUCAGUGAGCAGAUCAUCUCUAAAAUGGUUCAGUUCAGCAACAAGCUUGUGACCGAGGUGGCAGUAGAGAGAAAAUGGGGUCAGAAAGGAGGACCGUGGGAGUUCAACCUGCGAGACCUGUUCCGUUGGUGUCAGCUGAUGCAAGCCGACCAAUCACCAGCCUUCUAUAACCCGGGCCAGCACGUUGGACUGGUGUACGCGGACCGGAUGCGAACGGAAGCAGAUAAGGCUCAGGUGCUGUCUGUCUUCAGGAAGGUGUUCGCUGAAGAUUUCGAGCCUCACUUAGGCUCCAGGCAGUUCCAUAUCACUCCUCUAAAUCUGCAGGUGGGCUCGUCAGUCCUUCAGCGCAGCGGCGGAGCCCCUGUGGUCUUGGAUCCUCCUCUGUCGAUCACUCAUCAAGCUCUGCGGCCGCUGGAGUCCUUAAUGAAAUGCGUGAAGAUGGGCUGGAUGGCUAUACUGGUGGGCCCCAGCGCCAGUGGGAAGAGCAGUCUGGUGCACCUGCUUGCCUUGCUGACCGGACACAGGCUCAGGGUGAUGGCUAUGAACAGCGCCAUGGACACUACCGAACUGCUGGGCGGGUUUGAACAGGUGGAUAUCAUCCGACCAUGGCAGCAGGUCUUGGAGAGCAUGGACUACGUGGUGGCCAUGGUGACACGGCGCGGGCUGAUGUCUCUGGACGGAGGGGUCCAGGACACAGAGUUCCUUCUGAGCACCUGGAGCACGUUCCGCCGCUGGCUGAAGGACGAGGGACUCGACACGGCUGACGGCACGGUGACGUUCGAGGCCCUGAACAAGCUAGAGGUCAUCAUCGUGCUGCUACACAAACUCAACACCAAGCUCAAGGUCUUCACAGACAUGUCGAAGCUGCAGAUGGACUUCACCCUUCUGAAGGAGCGCUUGGCGCAGAUGGAGGACGGUUGGAGUCACGGCGGUUUCGAAUGGCUGGAUGGCACGUUGGUCCAGGCACUGCAGGCCGGAGACUGGCUACUCAUGGACAACGUCAACUUCUGCAGCCCAUCUGUGCUGGAUCGUCUGAACGCUCUUCUGGAGCCUGGAGGGUCUUUGACCAUCAAUGAGCGCGGGGUCAUAGACGGCACAACGCCGAGCAUCACACCGCACCCUAACUUCAGGCUAUUCCUCACCAUGGACCCCACGCAUGGGGAGAUCUCCCGUGCCAUGAGGAACCGCGGCGUGGAGAUCUACGUCCCGGGAGAGAACGAGGGAGCGUGUUGGGACUCGCUGGACCUGAAGACGAUCUUGCACACUCUGGGCGUGACCGGAGAUUGCGUGUGCGACCUGCUGAUGACCGUUCAUUCCGAGAUCAAGUCGGCCAUCUGGGAUUCGCCGGCGUCCUCCGUGUCAUCUCUGCUGCAUGCGGCGGCGCUGUUGUCCGGUCAGCUGCAGAGAGGUGUAGACCUGCCCAGCGCCCUCCUGCAGGCAUGUGGGGAAGCGUACGCCCUCUGUCAGCGCACCUCUGCCAACCAAAAGCUCGCUCAGGAGCUGAUAGAGAGGCAGUUGGCGGUGUUAGACUCGGAAGAAUGGGGUAGUGGACUGGUGUGUGCAGGCGUGUGGCCGGAUCGAGUGCCUUCUGCGCUGCAGUCCACAGAAGAUUCGUGCUUUUCAAGCGUCCAGAGGGACGGCCAGGUCCUCCUCUACUGUCUGAACACGCUCAGCCUGCACAGCAAGAGGAGUCGCCCGCUGAUCCUGACUGACCUGCAGAGGGCGAUGCAGAGCGGUGCAGCUCUGGAAACCCUGCAGUUUCCUCCAGAAGGCGGCAGUGCAGGUGACAGGAUCAGGGACGCCCAGCAGCUCCUCCCCACGGCGGUGCGGAUCCUGACCGAGGGAGCCUCCCACAGCGACUGGGUCCUGCGUACAAGCUGGCUCUCGCACCUCGCCAAAAGCUACAAACACGUACCAGAAGCCGCGCUGAUACAGAUGGAGGCGGGAAAUCAGGCUCUCAAAGCGGUCUUCAACAGCAAGCUCGUCGGCAAGGGCAAAUACCUGACCGAGCACCUUCAACCCCACAGCACGGAUGACUACAGGAUCCUGGUAGACAUGCGCUGGAACAAACAGUACCUGGACAUCCUGGCGAACACCUGUAACUUCGAGGACGAGGAGCGGUGUAUGGAGUUUAUGGAAGCUCUGUACGCCGUCGCCAACAGGCUCAUAAUACUGAUGGACCGAGAGGAGAGAGCAGCUAUAUGCAGCAGCACAGGAAAUACAUCACCCAGUAACAGUGCGCUAAGAUUGGCCACUGCCUUUUCUAAAGGGACGGUAGAUAUUGCGCAGCUGCCCCAUCCGGUCCUGAUGCACCUGCGCUCUUUCUUCGACCUGUGGGACGCCUUCGUUCUGCAGGCCGUGCAGACGGACCAGCCGAACAUCUCGGACCACCUCAUGUUCGAGAUCUUGCAGCUGCUCCAGUGGCGAGACCGUUUCUGGAAUGUGUGUAACUCCUUGCCGGCGGACACACGCGGAGUGUGUGUGCUCUCCCUGCACUGGCAGUGGGUCCACAAACACCUGGUACUACGGCUGCCCCAGCUCCUGAUGGGCGACGGAGACUACGAAGGGCAGCAAGAGCUACACACCAUCUCCUCAGCGAUCCAGAACACACUCUCCAGCUCUGUGUCUGUGGCACUGGCACUAAAGAGCAUCCAGAAAACCCUGGGAAAGCCUCUUCCGUUUAAGUCAGAGAGCGUGGCCGAAUGCUCCGCCCAGCUCCGCGUCUUCAGCAAGGCUUUCGAUGUCAGGGACUUGCGCCUGAACGACAGAGCGCCGUCGCGGUGGAAACAGGAAGUGGCCCGGCUGCGGGGCGUUGCCAUGAGAACAGACUGCAAGGAAGCCCUGCUUGAAGGCUGGGGUCUGGUCCUGCAGGCUAACCUUCUUCUUGAUCCGCAGAGUACCGGUGUCCUGGAGAGAUUACGUACCUGUGUGGAUCAGCAGCAGGGAUACAUGGCGUCCUUUGGCCUGCUGGAUCCGGUCUCCGAAGCCGAGAACGAGCAGGAGACGGGAUACGGCGCAGGACCGGACCGUGGGCUGUUACUGCGGCUGGCUCGCAGGGCUCAGCUCUGGCCUGUGCUGGAGGAACUCGCCAUCCUCAACCAGAUGAAAGUGACUGCGGAUCUGCUACACCAGUCUGUCACACGCAGAGGGAGUAAAAAUGAGGAGGAAGACCUCCGAAGAUCCCUGUCCAACCACCUGCGCUUCUGCAUGCAGUCCACCCCCUUGAACAUCCGUCUGCUCCAGCCACUGUGGUUCCUCCUCAGCACAGAGCGGCCUGUAGACGAGCUGUCGUUGGUGUGGUGUGAGCUGCUUUCCGAGACGCUGGCAGCGCUCUGGAGUGGCAGCGUGACCUCCGAUCCUGAUCGCUGGCUCAAAUGGAGCCCUCUGAGUCCUGAGGAAGAGACGAAGAAGAGCUUCCGAUCGCUGCUGGGGCCCUCUGAUACGGGUCCCGGCAUGUUGAGCCGAGCCGUGUGGUCCCGGUGCGUGCUGGGGGUUUUGAGCAGCAGUGAAACGGGCGGGUGCUGGGACCCAUCGGGCUCGUCCUUCCUGACCUCGUCGCGAGUAACGCUGGGCGAGUGGAGAGAGCGGAUCGGGCAACUCCAGGACCUCAACGCAGUGCUGUGGGACAACCUGGCCAUGUCCGAACUCGCCGACUUUAGAUUAACAGACCGCAGGUUGCAGGGCCUGGUCCUGUGCCGGCAGCUGCACGCGCUCUCUGACCUGCUGUCUCCAGGGUUACAGGAGAGCUACGCAGAAUCCUGCGACGCUCUCAUCGAAGGCGAGGACCCCGUCGGUGCGGCGCAGGACAUUCAGGUCGCCCUGCGAGAAGGCCUGCCCGAAAACCUUCUCCCAGAAGGCUUCCUGGACACAUUGGUGACUUGCUUGACCCAGUUUUCGCACAACCGGGCGUGCGACGGUGUCCAGCUGGCCCGCUCCGGGGUGUUCUGGGUGAACAUGGGCCUGCUGCAGAUCCAAGUUUGGGUUCCACAGACGAUAUUUGACCCAGCAGUAAAGCGGGCCUACAAACUCAAAUACGCACAAGACGAGCUUGCCUUACUUCAAGAUGAAUGGAAUGGGCGGAGUCUGUCAUCUCAGCUGCUCACAGGGGUGCAGCUUGAAGAGAGCAGCACCACGGAUGCCUUCCAACAUCCCCGAAUCAGGUACCUGUGGAUCCGCAUGCGACAGGUUAAAGAACAGAUCUGCGAGCUCGGGCGUAAACAGGCAUGCCGGCCCGCUGAGCCCCAGUACGGACGCCUGUACCAGGAGCUCCAGCACUACCUGUGCAGCAUCGGGCAGCCAGCAGCAGUGGGCGACCUGCUGUCACACCUGCUCAAGGCCCUGCAGGGCUCCGGCCCCAAAUCCCGCCCAGGCAUCCAAGGCCUGUUAAAGGAGGAGGCCGUGUGGCAGGCAUCACAGCAGCGUUUCUCCCAGCGCCUGGCCGACGAGUACCCGCUGUACCCGGACGUCGUGGUGCCCUUGCGCUCCGCUAUCCUGCAGCUGCAGCACGGUAUGCGUCUGCUGGCCUCACAAGUGGCGUCUACGUUGGUCGCGCUCCCAGGUCUCCCGCGCCUCGUCUCCACGCUGCUGGCUUUUCCUGCACCGCCGCUGAGCUCUGAUCUAGAGCGCUCCCAGUACCUGUGCUCCCGGACAUGCAUGGACACUCUUCGAGGACUGGAGAGGGUCCUUCCUGACACCGAGGUGACCUGCGUGGUCCCGGAGCCUGUCGUGUUACUGCUCAGCGCCCUGCUGUGUCUGCAGAGCCACGCAAUAAGUACAGGAGAGCUUGGGACAGAGGCACAGAAUCUGCUCAGACACGUGUGUCAGGCACUGGUGAACGAGUGGGAUGAGCAGGAGAGGAGAGCGAGGGAGAAAGAGCAGAAGGAGGCCAGUUUGUAUCGCAGUCGCUCUAAACUACACGGAGGAGGCCUCAGCGAGGAGCAGCAGGAGGAGCGUGAUUUCAGGCGCACCUUCCCCACGUACCACAAAGAUUUUGCUGACAUCACAACAGAACCCAGUCUGGAGCAGCCAAUCAUUAUCGAGGAUGAUGAAGAAUGUGACGGGGAGACGGAGCCUAACGACAGCGCCGUCUUCAGAGUGUCCGGCUGCCAGAAGACCGUCGUUCAGGUGCAUCAGAAACUGUGCCUGGCCUUCGCACAAUCGCCGUGGUACCGUCCGAAUCCACCGGGCGAUCGGAGCAAAGAACACCUCAGCACGUUGGUCUCGUCUUAUCAGAUCGCCGCACCUUUAAUAGCUCGCUUCUAUCAUCUUCUGGACUGUGAAAUGGAUCCUCAGCUGACGGGCUGUCAGCUUCUGCUCAGUUCCGUGCUACAGAACACGGUCCGGGGCUCCGGAGGUCCGGCCGGGUUAAUCCUCCAGAGCGACGGACCGUACGACUUCUACCGCGAGCCAAACAUGUGCCAGGCUCGGCUGUGCCUUCCUGCCAUCGAGCAGCUAGCCCGCGCAGUCUGCCGGCGUCUAGACGACUGGCCUGAUCACCCGGCGCUGGUGCAGAUCACUGUGGUGAUCGAGAGGAUACUAGCAUUCAGUCUGUCCAGCCCACUGGCCAAGUUCCUUAACGGGCUGGAGAUCCUGCUCAGCAAAUCACAGGACUGGGAGAAUAACGCCAGUCGCGCUGUGUCUUUGAGGAGCGAGUUGGAGCCCAUCACACAGCUCAUCAUCCAGUGGAGGAAACUGGAGCUUAACUGUUGGUCUAGCAGUCUGGAUAACGCUCUGAGGCGGCACGCGGAGAACUCGAGCAAGCACUGGUUCUCCAUCUACCAGCUGAUCGAGAGAUAUCUACAGGAGAAACGGACCGACGACAAACCCGAUUUGUCCCGUUCUGUCAUCCCGCUCGUAGACGUGAAGGACGGAGGUGUGAAGGAGUUGCCCCUGCCCUCGGUUUCAUCCACACUGCAGGGCUUCGUGGAGGGAUCCACACUGGGCGAGUUUCACACGCGCUUGGCCAUGCUGCUCGCCUUCCACUGCCACGUCCUAUUGGCUCCCAAACAAGAAGGACACGCCUCGCUGUGUAGUUUGCUGUGGAACCUCCACAAGUACUACACACAGUUCUCUGACAGCAUCCAGGCCAGAAUCACGCAGCUGAGAGCGCCCAUCGAAAAAGAACUCAAGGACUUUGUGAGGAUCUCCAAGUGGAAUGAUGUGAGUUUUUGGGCUAUCAAACAGUCUGUGGAGAAAACACACAGGACCCUGUUCAAGUUCGUGAGGAAGUUCGAGGAGGCGUUGUCCGGGCCGUGCGCUCCCUGGAUGGUGGAGCAGAAAAGCGGCGGCAGCACGGACAGCGUGGACGGGCAGCAAGAGCACACGCCGCUGCACCAGCUCCACCGCGCACUCAAGAGCGCCCUCCCUGGACGACGCAGAGACCUACAGAGCGACGGUCCAGACGAGGUCCCGUCCAGCACGGAGCCCUCGUCGCUGCAGGCUCGUCUCCCCUCGCUCACAAGGAAGAUGCGGAAGAUGUGCGUGCAGCUGGUGAAGAAGGCGCCGCUGCCCGAACUGUCAGAAGACCUCGACCAGUUCACAGUGGAGAUAAUUAGCAACGUUCAGGCACUGCAGAGCCUGACGGUGGACCGCUCUCUAGAGCAGGAGAGGCAAAAAGCUGAAGCGAAACAGAUCCUGCUGCAGAAACAGCGAGCUCUGGCUGACCUCUUUAAGAUGCUGGCGCAGAUCGGUCUCUCGUAUCGUAAAGGCCUGACGUGGGGUCGUAUAGCAGAUCCGGAAGAACCGCUCUUACUGCAGCCUGUAGAGAUGAGAACAACACUGGCUGCACUGAGAACACAGGAACCCACAGAAAACCUGCUGUUUACUGAGAUGAUUGGCACAUGGGACGGCUGUCAGAAAUAUUUCUACCGCUCCUGGGCCAGACGUAACGCCAUGCAAGCUGCAAUGCAGGCAGCUGUAAAGGAGCUCGGUUUGGGUAACGUGGAGCGAUGCCGGGGCUUCUCCUCUCACCUGUUCAAACUGCUGCUCAGGCAAAGGCGCCGCCUGGCCAAAAUAACGGAACACUUCGCGGAUCUCAGAAGAUUGAUCGACGCCGUGCAGGACGUCCGGUCUCAGACGGCCUCGGGAGAGGACGAGCAGAGCGGGCUUCCCCCUCAGGACUCUCUCUGCAGCUGGGCGGCGAAGGCGCGGACGCUGGCGCAGCAGUGCUGCGUGGCCGUGCAGCAGCUCUCCUGGGUGCUGCAGUGCUGUCCCGAGGGGUGCGAGUCCAGAGAGGGCGGGCAGGGCGAGGCCACGCUGAGCCACCCUACACCUCUGCCAGCUCACCUCCAACCUCAGGCGUGCCUAAUGAGGCGGGGCGAGGCGAGCUGGGCGGAGGCCGUGAAGCACGUAGAGGCUUUGCAGAGCGAGAGCACGCAGCUGAAAGAGAGGCUUAACGCCCUGGGGCAUGAAUCUGAACAAACAGCGAUCCAAACCAGGAGGCACUUGGAGGAGUGCAGCUCAUGCGUGCACGCUUUAGGAGCACUGGCAGACCGGAUGGCGGUCCUGGAGAGCCUCUUCGACCUCGAUGGCAGCGUCGCACCUCGUUCGCAGCCGUGUCUCACACGAGGCCUGCGCGGCAUCCGGACGGAGGUGGGAACCCACGUCAAGGAGUUCACCGCCUGGAGAUCACAACUGCGACCACUCCGAGCAUCAUCCAAACGUUCCGCCGCGCCGUUCCGGGCCGAGUUCUCCGAGGAGCUGGAGAGAACCAUAAACACGGUUCUGUGUGCCGUGCAAGGACUGGUGAAGAGGAGAGAACAGGAAGUGCAGAAAGAGGACAGCAGGAAAGAGAGCGAUUCCGAGGUGGCCGAGGAGCUUUUGAAGCCUGGACACCUGAGCCGGUUACUGGAGGAGGACCUUAGUGGAGACGUGUCGUGUCUCGCCCUGGCUGAGGUCACUGGGGUCACGGGGAGGUUGCUGGAGAGGCUGCGAUCCUACAGAGACACGUGUCCGGCACGGCACUUAGGGGAGCUGAAGGAGGCCUGCAGGAAUCUGGUUCGCCUGGAGCCCAUGCUGCAUGUGUACUCGGAGCUGGUACGCUGGUACGUGGCCGUGUGUAUGGGCGCUCACCGCAGCACGGGCAAACUGCUGUCCGUCCUCGCCGGCGUCUUCACCGACCUCGCUCAGAAGGGAUUCUGUUUGCCCCAGGAGUUAACGGGCGGAGGUGACGGAGAAGGAGCUACGGAGUUCCACGACUACGAGGGCGGCGGGAUCGGAGAGGGCGAGGGCGUCAAAGAUGUCAGCGACAAGAUCGAAAACGAAGAGCAGGUCGAGGACACGUUUCAGGAAGGGCAGGAAAAGAGCGAAGAGGAGCCAGACAAGCGGGAUAUUAAAGAAGAAGACAACGCCGUCGAGAUGUCCGAGGACUUCGACGGGAAAAUGCACGACGGGGAGCCACGAGAAUCAGGUGACGAGGAGGACUCUGAUGAAGAAGAUGAGGAGCUGGAUAAGAAAAUGGGAGACUUGGGAGAUGGGCCAACUGACACCCUGGAUGAAAGGAUGUGGGGUGACGAGGAAGACGACGACGACGAUGAUGACGGCAGUGACAAGGAGGACGAGUCCGGGCCGGGAAUGGACCAGGGAGCGUCCGAGCUGGUCGCCAAAGAUGACAACACGGAAGCCGGGGAGUCGAGUAAAGACAAGAAAAACAAGGACAAAGACGAUGCGAUGGACAUUGAAGAUGAGAAGGAGAAAAUCCAUGAGCAGGUAGAUGAGCGCGAGUUCGACGAGAACGAGGCGGACCCCUACCACGGUAAGCAGGAGCAGAAAGCCGAGGCAGAGGCCAUGGACCUUCCGGAAGAGCUCAACCUGGAUCAGGAUGAACAGGCAGGACAGGAUGAGGAGGGAGAAGGAGAAGACGAGGCCGAGAACCCGUACGACAUAGCGGACAAACCCAUGGAGGUGGACGAGGGAGAGGAAGGCGAGGAGACGAUGGAAGACCAGAAGGACUCUCAAGGUGAAGAAGCAGGAGAGGAACAGAAUGCGGAGGAAGAGACUGGAGGGGAACAAACCGACCGAGAGAAAGACUCUGAGACAGAUGAGAGAGGAGAAGAUGAAGGAGAAGGGGAUGAGGAAGAGAAGGAGAAGGGACAGGAAGAAGGUAGAGAGGAGGACAAGGCCGUCCCUGCUGAUCUGGGCCAGAAACCAAAGAACGAAGAGCGGGACGGGGUGGAGGAGGAGGAGGAGGAGGAUGCCCAGCUGGAGUCUGCCGAGAGAAAGGAGCACGCGACGGACGGGCAGACCGGCGAGGAGAACGUUCAGAGCGACACAGCGGCCGAGCUGGCAGGAGCCGCGUCCGAAAGAGACCAGGCCAAAGAGGAACACGGCACCGGGUCGGCCGACGCCAGUCAGGCCGAGGGGCACGACUCCACGCUGGUGGCCAGGAUGAGCUCUCGGACGCAGAGACAGAAACCGACACAGAGUUUUAAGCGGAAGCCGGGCCGGGCGGAUAACGAGCGUUCUCUGGGCGACGCCAGCGAGCGUGUGCACAAGCGUUUGCGUACGGUGGAGAGCGCAGAGCUGAGAGAGCAGGAACACGCUCCCGACGACGGCCCGCGGGAGUCGGACACGUACGAGCACGUCAGACACGGGGAGGAGAAGUACGACACGCAGACAUACGACACAGCGAGUGCAGAGCAGCAGAGACCGACUUCCACGAAGCAAGACGACGACGACGACGUUGCUAUGGAUACAGAGGUGGAGAAAGAGAUGCAGGCAGCGGACACUCUAGAGCUGAAGCCGGAGAAGCCGGACAGCUCCAAAGCCUCCAAAGGUAUGGACAGCGGAGAUCUGGACACCUGGAAGCCUGAAGAGGAAGAAGCAGCGGAGAAACCGGAGACGAAGACGGGUCACGAUGAAGAGCAGAGGAGGGGGAGGAGCAAAGAGUCCACCGUACACACUGUGCCGGAGUUACUGACGCAAGUGCUCAAGCUCCAGGUUAAAGAUCCAGACCUACUAAGAAGAGAUUUAGAGCUGCAGUUGGAAGCGUGGCACAGGCAGACUCCGGGAUCUCCGGAAGAGGAGAGCGCAGCGGCGGCGAUGUGGCAGCAGUAUCAAGCGCUCACCUCGCCUCUGUCGCAGCAGCUGUGCGAGCAGCUUCGCCUCAUCCUGGAGCCCACGCAGGCCGCCAAGCUCAAAGGAGAUUACCGCACGGGAAAGCGGCUGAACAUGCGCAAGGUCAUCCCCUACAUCGCCAGCCAGUUCCGGAAAGACAAGAUCUGGUUGAGGAGGACGAAGCCCAGCAAGAGAGACUAUCAGAUCUGCUUGGCUGUGGACGACUCGUCCAGCAUGGUGGACAAUCACUCCAAACAGUUGGCGUUCGAGUCGGUCUCCGUGAUUGUGAACGCCCUCACCCUGCUGGAGGUGGGACAAGUGGCAGUGUGCAGCUUCGGUGAGAGCGUCCAGCUGCUCCACCCAUUCCAGCAGCAGUUUAACGACCAAUCAGGAGCUCGAAUCCUGCGGCUCUGCCAGUUCCAGCAAAAGAAGACGAGAAUAGCUCAAUUUUUGGAGACUUCAGCCAACAUGUUUGUAGCGGCCAAACAUCAAAAUCCCUGCUCUGCAAAUACAGAGAUGGCGCAGUUGUUGCUGAUCGUCUCCGACGGCAGGGGCUUGUUCCUGGAGGGGAAGGAGAGAGUAGCGGCGGCGGUUCAGGCCGCUCGCAGCGCCAACGUCUUCGUCAUAUUUGUAGUGCUGGAUAACCCCAACUCCAGAGACUCCAUAUUGGAUAUCAAAGUGCCCAUCUUCAAGGGACCGGGCGAACUGCCCGAGAUCCGCUCCUACAUGGACGAGUUCCCGUUUCCGUUCUACGUGAUCCUGCGCGACGUGAACGCCCUGCCUGAGACGCUGAGCGACGCUCUGAGGCAGUGGUUCGAGCUCAUCACUGCCACCGACCGGUAACAAAGCGCCAGGAAGCCACGACUGCACAAAUCCUGUCGGUGCUGCUAGCCUCCCGGACACGGAGACAUACACAGAAGGACACACACAUGCGUAUACGAACGCCAGACCGGCUGCUGUACAUGUGCGUUUUCUUUCGUCUUCGCUGUUAUUUUAAUGAAUUGUAGUUUGAUUUGUAGAAAUUGCUGCUCUCGAGUAUUCUUCAAUAGGAUGUUGAAGAGCUUUGGAUUAUAACAGUAUUUUUCUCACUUCAGUGGAUCCUCUUCCAUUUGAAGUAAGAUUUAAAUGAACAUUUCCAACAUACUGAGAGAGAACGUGAGAUGUUUUUAAGCUCGUGCAUCCUUGUACACAUCUGGUUUUGAAAGGUGACGACUGUGAAUGGCACUAUAUCGGGGGUGGGGGGACAAAGCAGAAGUGCAUGUUGGACUUUUUUUGUCAUGAUGCGUUUGCAGAAAUCCAGCAAAGAAUUGUGCCUUUCGAAGAACCCCAACCCCACCUCUGGACAGAACACGUCAGAAGCUCAUGACUCGUGCACACUUUCUAGGAUUCUGGAUAAUGUUUCAGCCAUCAUGACGUCCAAUACGGUCCGCAUGAAUCUGAGCUACGUGCAUGGACCAUCACCGGCUCUCUCACCAAGCAGACUGAAUUCAAAUACGUGACACCGUUGUUAAUACUUUUUAGGACUUUGUUUCCAUUUCCUGUGUGAAUUCUGCAUUCAAGCUGGUAAAAUCAAUAAACGUUUCUUCACAUAGAUAACUCAAA